AUGUCCGAGUCCUCGUCGCUGCCAUCUCGUCCAGUCACUCCGGUAAACCUGCAACCACCAGACCAGCUCCCCACAGCGCGUCCGUAUCGGUUUACAUGGGACCCGUCAUCGCGCAGACCAGGUCCGGAGAGUGUGUCGGGCACGACAGAGGGCAGAGGAGGUGAUGACUUCGGCGGUGGUGCACAUCCGCUGGGCUUUUUGAAUACCUCUGCGACAUCACUUGCACUGGGAAGUUUACCAACGGAAUGGAGCAGUUCACGGACAGGAUUUCAUGCGAUAUCGACUAUGCUCAAUAACCCACAUAAACGCCAGGCUCCGCCGAAAGCUCAUUCAUCUCUGCCAACGGUACCACCGGCAGACCUUCCGCGCGUGCGCCGAAAGGACUUUGAGUCGUACUUACGCUCCAUAGGACCAGAAUGGGAGCGGUAUGAGCACAAUACACGACUGGAACAAGAGGGACCAGCGCAGAUCGACGACAGCCAAUGGACACCACGAAAUUCAAUCAGCGGUGAGGAUCCGCAGACACCCCAACCAGCUUCACAGCUCGUGAAUUCUCAAGGGAAGGCUAUACCGCCUCUCGAUUCAGUGCCAUCCGUUUUCUUCGAGAAAGACUUCCAUCUAGGCGAACCACGGACUUUUGCUGCUGUUACGGAACUGGACGCGGCUGCUGCGCUAUCAACGCCCAGGGACGAUUCCUUCUCAGAUCCUUUCUCUCUAUCACACUCUCUGCCCCUGCUAGAGAAGUUCUCUCACUACGCCGACACGGUCGAGCAACACCUCGUUCGCGAAAUAUCUAUCCGUUCAACGUCUUUCUUCGCCGCCCUGACAAAUUUACACGACCUACAAUCCGAGUCUGAACAAUGUUUAGACCGAAUAGGCAGGCUUCGUACACAAUUAAAGAACGUGGACGAAAAUAGUGCUAAGCGCGGGCUGGAGAUGGUCAGGAAGGAGAGCAAGAUGGCAAACUUGGGGAAGGUCCGAGAUGGAGUCAAGAUGAUCAGCGGGAUUGUGGAGAUGUCAGGUGUCGCGAAAAGCUUGGUUCACGCAGGACAAUGGGGCGAAGCUCUUGGUGUCAUUGAAGACCUCGAAAGGUUGUGGGAAGCAAGCGAACCUCCACCACCAGAUAGCGCGACAAGCACUCUUGACAUGAAGCCUACGCUGCAGAAUGGGAAUGGUACUGACUUGUCGUCAUUAUCGCCGACUCCUGAAGAGCAAGCAGAGGACGAGCAAUUCGAAACAGCGGAAGGACAAGAAUUCACAAAACACGAAUCAUCGCGACAACCUGUUCCUCUGUCUUCCCUGCAUGCUUUCUCAGCCCUUCCAUCACAUCUUCGAGUGCUGACUAUGGAGAUUGCUGCUUCACUAUCUUUGGAAUUCGUCUCUGUGCUACGGAAUGACCUAGAAUUGCGGAUAACCGGCGAUGGAAAGCCAAGGAGCUCUGAUACUGACCAAGGCCUGAAGGAUAGGUUGAAACCCUUACUGGUUAACCUUGUGCGGACGAAAGGUUUGAAGGAGGGUAUGCUAUCAUGGAGAGAAGCCGCGCUACUGGAGGUUGGGGGGAUUAUCAAAAAGAUAAUACCAUCCUUCGAACCUGACGGCGAAGAAGGAAGUGGUUCCCAAUAUGAGGCCAAACCUGGAUUAGCAAACCAUCUGCGGAGCAUGCAUCAUCCCGAAUUUGUUGUCCUAAUUCAACAAAUAUAUCGAAGCCUGUUCAAUGGUUUAGAAGGGUUAAAGGCACAAAGCACUGUCAUCGUUGAUGUUCUAGGAGCCAUCGGAUCACAAGCUCGGCGAAAAGUCACAAAUAUCCCAGCAGUCGAGGAAGAUUUGACGGACAUCAUUUCUUCAUCAGCCGAACUGGCAAGCAUCCAAGCGGCGAAAGUGAUCUCAUUUAGAGCAGAGCAACAUGCCGUGUUAGAACUCGCGGAAUUCCUGACUUUCUUCAAUGAUUCGUGGGCAUUCGUUAUCAAAUGCGAAAAGCUUUCUCGCAGGAUGAUUAUCGGGUUGCGAGGGACGGUGGCUAGUCAGGCGAAACAAUUUCUUCAGGCUUUCCACCAAAUCCGACUUACCCGAUCGGCGAAACUCGUGGAAGACGAACUCUGGAACCAGACAGAGGUUACUGCUGCACUUCAGCAUAGCACCAACGUCAUCGUCGAUUCUGCGGUCCGCGAUCCUCCUGAGCUCGUCAUCACAUCUGACGAGGCGAUCUUCAGUCCAUACGCCACCACUACAUUCCCGACUUCCGAGACAAAUGGCACCACUCGUGUGGCAGGUCAAUCUCCGUCAAACGCCGGUCCCAGUACCAAUGGUGCUUCGAGUGCGACUGGGUCGGGCACGAAACACCUACGAAUUGAGGAUCGCUCGUACUAUGUCGUGCUAGCAACGUCGGAAAUGCUCACGCUGGUAUUGGACUACCUACGCAUUGUGAUCAACCUGCCGACACUGACGACUGAUACAAUGAAUCGUGUCAUUGAGUUCUUGAAGGCGUUCAACUCCAGGACUUGUCAAGUUGUGUUGGGUGCUGGUGCUAUGCGAUCUGCUGGACUGAAAAAUAUUACCGCUAAACACCUUGCUUUGGCGUCGCAGUCGCUAUCGAUCGUUUUUGAGCUCAUUCCAUAUGUCCGAGAGACGUUCAGACGCCACCUUAAGCAACAGGAAGCAGGAUUGCUGGUCGAGUUUGACAAGCUGAAACGGGACUAUCAAGAGCAUCAAAAUGAGAUCCACUCUAAGCUUGUUGCCAUUAUGGGUGAUAGGCUAAAUGCCCACAUCAAGUCUCUCAAGGCUGUCGACUGGAGUGUGCCGAAACCGAGUGGUGGAGUCAACGACUACAUGGAGAUCCUAAUCAAGGAGACUGUCACACUUCACAAAGUUCUAUCGCGAUAUCUUGCACCACCUGUCGUUGAGUACGUGAUGACGCAGGUGUUCGCAGCUAUCAAUCACCGGCUUUCGGAAGAAUACAACGCCAUUGAGCUGCCUCAUCAGGAGGCUAAGAACAGACUUCUUGCGGAUGCGAGGUAUCUCCAUCAAAAGCUCGCAGCCUUGAAGAAUGUAGGGACUCCUACAGGUAUGCUCGAGACCGUUGUUGCGGAGAAGCCUCUUCCACGUCCAGGUGGGUUGAGCUCGGACAACGUGGCCAAUGGAAGCAGCCCCAACACACCAGCGAAAGCUUCAGCACCUGUGAAUGUGCCCACAAGAAGUAACACCCUCAGCACCAACGCGCGACUUAAGGGUCUGAUGUCUGGUACGAGAACAUCGUUCCUUUCUUCGGGCUCGUCGGGGCAAUCCCAACUAUCCAACACGGACAAAGCCCUGCCACUCCCUGCCCGGACGCCCUCACCGCCGCCCGUUCCUCCACCCUCGGACAAACCCCGAUCACCGGUCCCACCGCCGCAGACCCUCGGCGUCAACAAUAUCUAUGGCCUCGGUGCAAGUCAGGAUCAGUUGGCGAGCGGUAGUCAACUAUCGCUAUCGAUGACUACCUCCCAAAACCCGGAAACCGGCGGUGGACCAGGUUUCCGGCGCGUCAGUACCGAUUCAGGUCCAAACAACCCGAAGUAA